CCUAAGUGUUAAAGUCAUUUAUUUAUUGUCAUCAAGUUAAUGGAAUCAAUGAUCAGGGUUGACGAAAUUUAUAUUGAUUUAUCCCAAUACAAUGCUAAGACUAAUCCAAGUAAACGUGAUUCUCAAGAUUUCACUAUACGUGGUUUCACAUCUCAAAUGCGGGAAAAGGAUCCAAAAAUAUGUAUGCCCUUUCCAAUAGAUAUAUAUAAGGAGCAAACUUCAGUUCAACCAUCAGAAGGAAAUAAUAUUGUUGUCAAUUCUGAAAAUCAACAAAAUUCAAUCGCUAACAAUUCUUCUGUGAGAAGACAAAUUGAUUUUCAUCAACUUAUUGAACUACGCAAUGACAAUGAUGAUAUGGAAAUUAGUCAUGACGAGGAUAAGGAAAAUCAUGGUAUGGAAAUUGUUACCAGAAUAACAGAAGCAGCAUGUCCUACCAAUGAGGUUGUUGUCCCAAGAUGUGCGACAUCAAAGAAAAAGAAAAAGGAUCUACGUGGUAGAAAAAGGAAGAGACGUGUGGAAGAGGUUCAAGACAUACAAGAAGAUGAUGUUGCUAAAACAAAUAUUAGGGAAGGAAAUAACGAUCCUCCAAAAAAUGUCGAAGAAAAUAAUGUGUCCAAAAACAAUGACAUAGAGAAAAAGCAUGUUGAUGAUGAACCACCAAAUGUAGAUAAUGCAACCAUGGAGGAGGUGGAGAUUGCAGAUAUACUUGCAAACAGUCUCAAUGAAAUAUCUAUUUUAAAAUUCUCAUGAGAGAAUGGCAUAGUAUCCAUGAUUCUACUCAACCAUCCAAUGUUAAGUUGGAUCGUCUAAGACUCAUGGUUCCCCAAGUGCAAUCAUGUGAUAAUUUAAAUCAAUCAACAUAUUAAUUUACUAUAAUGUAUCUAAAUUAUGUGAUACCUUUUUUCUAUAAUACUUUCCUCUGUCCAUUCUUAGUUUUUUUUUUUUUUUUUUUAUAAAUGACUACUGCAAAUUGACUCUUACAUUUGGUUUGUAAUUUCUAUUACAUAGUUUUGAGGCAUAAACAAAAGAGACAUUUUUUAUACUUUUGUUCCACGCAUAAUCCUUAAAUCAAGCCUUCUUUUUGGUGCAUUUGAUAUUUAAUGCCAUUAACAAUGCACCACAUACAACCAUGUAGUCGUUCCUUUUCUUUAGUUGCCUACUUUAAACUUUU